GUGGCGUCGGCAGAAAUCAGUGGGUGUUUUUCACACGAUGGAAGACGAUUCACCUUUAAUAACUUGUAGUGAUGAAUAUCGACUUCUUGAAACAUACUGUCAGAAGAGGAGGAAGAGGGAGUCCCGUGCCAGAUCAGUGGAAAGUGCAUGUAUGUACAGUCUGGGGGCACAAUCAGAUGAUGAGCAAUUUGGUGAUGUGGCUGAAAAACUCACCCAGAUUGUAGACAAGGGACUUCUUGGUGAAGAACUACUCCAUAAUGUAGACAAAAGACUUCUUGUUGACGAAGGACUAGAGUCGGAUGGUGACCUAGGUGUUAAAGAUGUUGACCAAGAUGUUAUAGACAAGCUUAUUGACUUGCUGAAGAAAUCAGGGGACAACUUAAAUGAAAGGAUUCAGAGCAACCAUGAGCUUUUAGGAUACCUGCAGCGUACUUUCACUUACGACUUGUUUAAAAAACUGACCAAAGCCUUCAUCACGAGUGUGGUCCCAGAAUAUUUGCAGAGCAAAAGGAAACGCGAGCAGAUCGCCCUGGCCUUUGAGGUCACCAGCAGACUCAAAGCCCUGGACCUACACCCCAUGAACAGGGCAAUGGGAUACGGAGCUCAGUACCUGCAGGAGAAUUUUGCUCCCUGGGUUAAACAGCACGGUGGUUGGGAGAAAGCCUUUGACGACAACGAUGAUGAGGAAGUCCAUUGACAAGAUACAUUGUGAACUGCAUGGUUAUUAGUAGUCAAUGUGAUAAAAAUUGAUAUUAUUUUAAUAGAUUUCAAAAAAUCUA